AUGUCAUUAUUUAAAGAUUCACAACAUCAACAACAACAACAACAACAUACAAGGUUACCUGAUCUGAUUAAAAUAGAUGAUAUUACAUCGGGUAAAAUAGAUCCUAACUUAAUAUAUGAUGAAAUCGAAAGAUUAAAAGUAGAAAUUAAUAUUUUAAGAAAUGAUAUGGCAAUGUUUUUAAAAGCUUUAGUUUCAAUUAAAUCAAAUCAAUCACAGCAAGAUUAUUAUCUUAUAAUAGUUUCAAGAUUAAAUAUUAUACAAACAAGUAUUAAAGACUAUUGUGAAAAAUAUAAUAAAUUAUUACCAAUUAUAAAUUUAGCUCAAAUUAAAUUAGGUCAUGAAGUUGAAGCACCACCACCAACAAAAUCAAAAUCAGCAACAUCAACUUUAAAUAAUACACCUAUAUCAAUAAAUAAAUCAACUCCAUCAAUGAAUACUACUAGUAAUAUUAAAAUAGAUGAUAAAAAUAAGAAAACAACUAAAAAGAAUUCAAUAAGUAAUAAAAAUAUAGGUUCAACUUCUAAUCAACCUAUAAUACUUUGA